AUGAGUCGCAAGGCCGAGUUGACAAUCACCGCUGCAACGGAUCUCUACGGCAAAAUUGCCCGUACUCACGAGAACCUGAUGAAGCUGGGCGCUGCCAAGAUCACGGUGGGCGCAGUGGAGGCGCGAUUGCAGUCCUUGGAAAGGUACUGGACGAAGUUCGACGCGCACAACGAUGAGCUCUUGAAUUAUCUCGACCAAGUGGCCGAUUCAGAGUACAUAAGACUCGACAUACCUGCUCUGGCUGAAGAGGCCUACCUCGCCAAUAAGGGUCUGCUGUUGGACCUCCUGCGUAACCUCAAGACGGAAGAGAAGGAAGCUGGCACGAGAGGGUCAGAGCCGUCCUCACAAGCACCCCGCACGACUCUUCCGAGGAUCCAGCUGCCUCAUUUCUCCGGGAAGUACGAGGAUUGGCCAGCCUUCCGUGAUCUCUUCCAAUCGCUAAUCGGAAGGGACACUCUCACGUCCUCAGUCGAGAAGCUCCACUACCUGAAGACAUGCCUGAAAGGAGAAGCAGAAUUAUUGAUUCGAAGCCUGCCCACGACAACCGAGAAUUUCGAACGCGCAUGGGAUGUUCUCGUUGCUUACUAUGAGAACAAGCGGCUCCUGGUGCGCAGUUACAUCUCCCAGUUUACGUCACUCCAGAAGCUGAAGAGCGAGUCCGUGGUGGAACUGCGCAAACUUUGCCACAGCGUGAAGAGCACGGUAGGAUCACUGGAGAGCAUUGGGCGCCCGAUCACGAAGGGUGAAGAUCUUUUCGUGCACCUCGUCGUUGACCUGCUUGAUCCUCGAUCUCGCCGCGAGUGGGAGAAUUUCAUUAGUGAUUCCAACGAUCCACCCUCGUACGACAAACUCCAGCUCUUCUUGGAUCGUCGGCUGCACACUUUAGAAUCGUUGCAGCCUGUCAAGGUCGAAGCCAUUUCUUCUAAACCGCAUCCAAGUCCGACACAGAAGACUCGCACUCUUCACACGCGUAAGCAGGACAGUAAGCGAGGUCGCUGCUCCCUAUGCGGUCAGGAUCACUAUAUUAUGUUCUGUGACCUUUACCAGAGCAAGACGGCGGAGGAAAGGAAGCGUCACGUCGAGGCGAACGACUUGUGCCUGAACUGCCUAGGAAGGCACAAGGUAAGCGAGUGUUCUUCUCAAAAGACUUGUUCGUCGUGUCGCGCGCGUCACCACACGACCCUCCACGAGGCAUGUCCGUCCGGCGAGAGCGCUAAGACGUCACACUUAGCGCAACACAAAGUCGAGGCGACGACGACAGUUCUCCUCGCUACCGCGCGCGUUCGCGUCCUGGACCGGUUCGGCCGCGCUCACACUGCACGCGCACUAGUUGACCAGGGCUCGGAGUCCUCGCUAGUUUCCGAAGCUUUGGCCCAACGUCUUCGCCUAGGUCGGUCUCCUACCUCCGUCGCCGUGUAUGGAAUCGGCGGCAAGCAGACGGGCCUCGCCCGCGGUCAAGUCACUCUUCAGAUCCGCUCCCUGCGCGACGGGCCUUUAAUAAGCGUGGCCGCCUUGGUUUUCCCCCGGCUCACACUUUAUGAAGGCGGAAUCAAGGCCAAUCGUCGGGCGUGGACGCACGUCCAUGGGCUGGAGCUCGCCGAUCCGGACUUCUUGGCGACGGAUCCCAUAGACAUCCUUCUAGGAGCAGACGUCUACGCCAUGAUCCUCCAGGCUGGACUUCGACGAGGGAAAUCACGGGAACCUGUGGCACAAAAGACGGCGCUGGGCUGGAUAUUGUCUGGGGCCGUCGGUACGACGUCCACAUCGCGCCAUGCGUCAGCACAUCACUGCCUGGUCGAGGAAGACCUAGGCGCUCUCGUACAAAGGUUCUGGCAGCAAGAAGAGCUACCCGACGCCGCGGUAGCUCUCUCACCCGCGGAUCAACAGUGCGAGAACUUCUUCCGCCAGACACAUUCGCGGUCCGCGGACGGUCGGUACGUCGUACGUCUGCCGGUCGUUGCCCCGCUGCCAGACUUCUCGGUGACGCGCUCCACGGCUUUACGAGUUCUCUUCAGCAUGGAGAGACGUUUCGCUCGGGAUCCUCCUUUUCGAGCCCUCUAUGCCGACUUCAUGCGGCAGUAUGAGGACCUGCGUCAUAUGUCUUGCGUGACUCCGGACGCUACGUCGCGCAGACCGGUGCAUUACUUGCCGCAUCACGGCGUGCUGCGGAAGAACAGUGUCACCACGAAGCUGCGCGUAGUUUUUAACGGCUCCACGCCAACUACUUCGAAAAGAACCCUCAACGAUCACUUGAUGGUGGGUCCGAACUUGUUGCCUCCGCUCGCCGACGUGCUACUCCGUUGGCGACGGCACCGCUUCGGUCUAGCCACCGACGUCGAAAAGAUGUUCCGACAGAUCUUGGUACACCCGGAUGACAGGGAUCUGCAAAGGAUCCUGUGGCGGGAUUCCCCGCAAGACAGCCCUGCCGAGUACCAGCUGAGCACAGUGACCUACGGCCUAGCGUGUGCUCCGUUUCUAGCGAUGCGCGCUCUCAGGCAAUUAGCUGAGGACGAGGGUAAGCAGUACCCUCUAGGAGCGGCCGUUCUCCUGCGAGAUGUCUACAUGGACGACAUCUUAACCGGAGCAGCGACGAUGGCGGAGACCCAGGAGAUGUGCAAACAGCUGUCCAGUAUCUGCAUGGCGGGCGGCUUCCCUCUCCGGAAGUGGUCAGCCAGCGACUCAGCGGUGAUCUGGGAUAUCCCGCCGGAGCACCAGUUGCAGCGCGAGACCCGUGACUGGCGACCACACGAGGCUCACUCCACCUUAGGACUGCAGUGGCACCCCGCCACGGACGAUUUCUCUUUCGCCACCCGGCACAUCGCACUGCCAUCCGUCACCAAGAGGUCUGUACUGUCUCUGGUGGCGCAGCUAUUCGACCCUCUCGGCUGGCUAGCACCGGUCGUGGUCCGCGCCAAGAUUGCCUUCCAAUCGACUUGGCUUCAAGGACUUGAGUGGGACGCUCCGCUCGACGACGCCUCCGCGUCAGCCUGGGUCACCUUUCACGCCCAGAUACCAGUACUCGAGCAAAUCCGAGUACCUCGCUGGAUUAAUCUGGGUCCUUCUUGCACCCGCGUCGAGGUCCAUGGCUUCUCCGACGCCUCAGAACGAGCAUAUUCCGCCGUCGUGUACCUAAAAACAUGGUCAAACGACUCGUGGAUUGUCCGCCUAAUCACCGCGAAAACAAAGGUCACACCGCUCAAACAGGUGUCCUUACCUCGUUUGGAGUUAAGCGCCGCCGUCCUUCUCUGCCGACUAGCCAAACACGCCUUGACAAUCCUCGACCUGACUGCGCCGCUUCACCUAUGGACGGACUCCACCGUCGCGCUGGGCUGGAUCCGCGGCCACCCAUCCAGGUGA